AUGUUCUUUCAAAAAUUGCAUAACAUUUGUUGGUUCCUUUUACUGAAUAAUUUCAAGUUUUGUUGUUGGAAAAUACUACAAAUAAAAAAUAAUAUUUGUAAAAGAUCAUUAAAUAGGAUAGUUUUUAAGAUCAUUUGCCAAUUAAGUGUGGUACAUUUAUUUUUCAUAGUAGUUAGUCAAACUUUAGCAAAGGUUUUCACAUUGAAACAAAAUGUAAUAAUUUUUUUGUAGCGUACCGUACUAGCUUUCAAUAAGUUAGAAGUUCUUUAUAUCCAUAACAGGCAAAAAGGAGCAAAAAGCAGAACUUCAAAGUGGCAAUAUCUCGAAAACUAGAAAACUUUUAGUAAAGUAUGUUGAUUUUAUCUGAUUGAUGUGAAGCCCAUCUACGUCCCGUGUCACUCUGACGUAGUCCAAUGUAAGGUCUAAUUGCCAAUAAAAGGUGAAUGCGUCCUAAUGUAAAACGUGGUAAGAGUAGUACUUGAAAAAAGCCUGAAAGCCUCGGAAGAGACCUUUGGCGGAAGUAUACCUAAACGAAGAAAGAUAAGAAACAUUCUAGAAGAUCGGAUUACACCAAGAACGUAA